AUGGCCAUCUUACGGUUGCGCGGCAAGCCCAUAACUGGAUACAAUUUCCUGAUUAUUGCUUUUGCCACCUUUGGAAGCAUCACAUAUGGAUACUGUUCCGCCAUUAUUGGAUCAACCCUUGGACAACCGUCUUUUCUUAGCUUUUUCGGCCUUGACACUGCCAGCAAUGGACCUGCUCUGAUUGGUGCCAUCAAUGGCCUUUUUCAAGGAGGAGGGCUUUUGGGCACAUUGAUGUUUGGGGCGCUGGCUGACAAGACUGGUCGUUGUAAGGCUAUGUUCUGUGCAAGGCUACUUGCCGUCAUUAGAGGAGGCCUCCAAGCAGGAUCUGUUCAUCUGACUAUGUAUCUUGUCGCUCGAUUUGCCACGGGGUUCGCUGUCGGUGGCCUUGUCAUGAUCGUCCCCCUCUGGCAAAGUGAGGUCGCCCCUCCACAUGCUCGCGGUCUUCUGGUUGGUCUUCACGGCAUUUCCAUCUUGCUAGGCUAUUCAUUAUCGGCCUGGGUCGGGUUUGGAUUUUUCCUCGUCAAUGCCGAUGGGGCUCAGUGGCGCCCUCCGCUGGCUUUGCAAAGCUUUCCACCGCUGAUUUUGGUCCGUGGCGUCUACUUCAUUCCUGAAUCCCCUCGCUGGCUUGUUGAGAAGGGUCAGCACGAAAAGGCAGACACUAUCCUCCAAAGUAUUUAUCAAGACUCCGAAGACUCAACCAAUGAAGAGGUAUCUGUCGAAUUUGCUCAGAUCCGCGCCCAGGUGGAACUUGAGCGUGAUCUGCCGUCAUCUUGGUCUUCCAUCUUGACAGUUCCUCAUUAUCGAAAAAGGGCAUUUAUCGGAUUCACCACGCUUCUGGCCGGUCAGCUGACAGGAACCACCGUCAUCAACAACUACGGCCCAUCGUUGUAUGUGGCCCUUGGCCAUGGCGGCUCCGACAGUCUCGCCCUCUCUGCUGGCUGGUUGACUGAGGGACUUGUGUGCAACGCCAUCAACGCAAUACUUCUCGAUCAUGUUGGACGUAAAUGGCUCAUGACGGUAGGCCUCAUCGGUUGCGCAGUUUCGCUUCUUGGCGUCGGCGUCAUGGUCGCAUUGUAUGGCGGCACUAAUAGCAAGGGCGGCAAUGGAGCGGGUGUUUUCUUCCUUUAUCUUCAUCUUACCUUCUAUCCUACCUGCAUGGAUGCUUCUACAUACGUUUACGGCUCUGAAAUUUGGCCUACCCACCUUCGAGAAAAAGGCUUUGCAAUUUCCUGUGCCGGUCUCUUUGACGGGUCACUUACAUUGUUGGAAGCCGCGCCUACUGCUUUCCAAACUAUCGGUUGGAGAUUUUACCUGAUCAUGAUGGCCUUCACCAUCAUUUGUGCCAUCAUAUUUGCGCUUUACUUUCCCGAGACUAAGGGUCUCGCGCUCGAGGACAUUGCAUCUCUCUUCGGUGAUGAAGUUGCAAUUGAAGCUUCUCACCCCGAAAACAACUCAUCUGUGGUCGGUGAAAUGGAUAAGGCAAAGACUUGA